CACCGUGUGGGGCUAUAAAAGGUGUUUACAGAUCAGUCAAAUACUCAGACAGGGAGUAUUCAAUAAACUGAGAAUUGUAUUCCUCAGCUUUUUUUUUUGCUUCAGCUAUUUUGUCUGAAUUUUGCAAAUCUGAAGUUUAUUUUCCACACCCGUCGCUUUGGUGAAUAGCUACAAUUGGCAGAUUAUCCAGGUAGAAUCAGGAGAGGUGGAUCAUAUUUCGCAGAGAAUCAGUGUCUUUCUUUAUCAGUCGUCCACGUGAGCCAUCGCUGACAGGCUGCUCAGUUCCUGUGUUUGGGAAUAAAGUGACAGAAAAGGUUAUUUCUAGUUAAACCCUUUCCCACAAUUGUUAAAGGCUACCCGGGGGCGGACCUGAAAUGUAAUAUCAAUGGUCGGUGAAAACAGGAAACUGCAGUGAAGGUACGGAAGGGAAGGGGGACAGGAGGGGGUAGAAUGGAGAGAAAUGGGGAGAUAUUCAGUAAAUCACUAAAUACAGAGAAUUGGCAAGGGAAUUGCAUAUUUGAGUGAAUAAACCCUAGUUACGGUGCUAUGUUGUCUAAAGAGUGACGAGAAUUGAGAAAAAAGAGGGGGAGAUUAAAAGGAAAUGUAGAAACAAAAAAAAUAUAUAUUUCACAAUGUUUACUUACCUACAUUUCCAAAUAAGUGAGUAAAACGCAGCCAUUGCAACAGGAUACAAUCAUGUAUAACCAUGCUGUGCGAUGUAGAAUAAAAAGAGACCAUGUGAUAUUUUAUUUAUGUAACCAGUGUCUGUCCUUCUCUGGCUGAACUCCCUCAGAUACAGGAAAUCUCAGGGUUUUACUUACUAAACGGUGAGUUGUGUUGAGAUGACUGUUGACUUUCAUUGAACAAGGUAAAACAACAAUGAAGAAAGUUACAAAAAACAUGCAUGUCUCACUGAUAGUAAAUAAAAUCCUGUCUGUAUACAGGAACAAAGCUUCUACAGAGAAAUACAGGUUUCAUGCCGCAACAAUGUUUCUCUAAAAAUUCCAAACUAUUAACAAAUUAAUUAACAUUUAAACAUUUAAUUAACAAUAAAAAAACUUAUUAACAUUAACAUAAUAUUUGCAACUGUCACUUCUCUGGAAUAUCUGCCAUUGAAAAAAAUCAUUGAAAAUCACCUUAAACUUGUGGUAAUCUUUUUUCAUGCGAUGCUCUGGUUUCUUUUAAACUUAUGUUAAAGUAUUCAUGGUAGGGUGUGGAACUGCACUCUGUUCCUUUAAGUAGUAUGUAGCUGGGUGAAACUCUGACAGUCUCAGUAACAGAGACCAAAUGCUGAGUAACAAAAUAGAAGAAAGGUCCAGGCACUCCAACGUACAAACCAGGCAAUUUUAUUGAACCCAUUUCUUCUUGAUGGAGUGGGUUCAAAAAAAUUGCCUGGUUUGUACCUUGGAGUGCCUGGACCAUUCUUCUAUUUUGUUACAACGAUUUACAAAGUGACAUCAUAACUAAGUUUAAACAAGGCACAGCCAGGGCACACAAUGCAAAGGAAAAGGAGAAAUAGACACAUUGUUCAAUUUCUCCUCCUCUCUGUAUUCUCUCCUAAUGCUGACUGCCAGGUGUAAAGGGCGGAGUUUAUAAAAAUGACUGACAGGGAGCUAAGAUGGAGGCGGCUCUCUCUAUACUGACUGCCAGGUGUAAUGGGCGGAGCUUAUAACAGUGAUUGACAGGGAGCUAAGAUGAAGGUGGCUCUCUCUAUGCUGACUGCCAGGUGUAAAGGGCAGAGCUUAUAACAAUGAUUGACAGGGAGCUAAGAUUGAGGUGGGUCUCUCUAUACUGACUGCCAGGUGUAAAGGGCGGAACUUAGAACAAUGAUUGACAGGGAGCUAAGAUGGAGACGGUUCUCUCUAUGCUGACUGCCAGGUGUAAAGGGCGGAGCUUAAAGGGCAGAGCUUAUAACAAUGAUUGACAGGGAGCUAAGAUGAAGGUGGCUCUCUCUAUGCUGACUGCCAGGUGUAAAGGGCAGAGCUUAUAACAAUGAUUGACAGGGAGCUAAGAUUGAGGUGGGUCUCUCUAUACUGACUGCCAGGUGUAAAGGGCGGAGCUUAUAACAAUGAUUGACAGGGAGCUAAGAUGGAGGCGGCUCUCUCUAUACUGACUGCCAGGUGUAAAGGGCGGAGCUUAUAACAAUGAUUGACAGGGAGCUAAGAUGGAGGCGGCUCUCUCUAUACUGACUGCCAGGUGUAAAGGGCGGAGCUUAUAACAAUGAUUGACAGGGAGCUAAGAUGGAGGUGGUUCUCUCUAUACUGACUGCCAGGUGUAAAGGGCGGAGCUUAUAACAAUGAUUGACAGGGAGCUAAGAUGGAGGCGGCUCUCUCUAUACUGACUGCCAGGUGUAAAGGGCGGAGCUUAUAACAAUGAUUGACAGGGAGCUAAGAUGGAGGCGUCUCUCUCUAUACUGACUGCCAGGUAUAAAGGGUGGAGCUUAUAACAAUGAUUGACAGGGAGCUAAGAUGGAGGCGGCUCUCUCUAUACUGACUGCCAGGUAUAAAGGGCGGAGCUUAUAACAAUGAUUGACAGGGAGCUAAGAUGGAGGCGGCUCUCUCUAUACUGACUGCCAGGUAUAAAGGGCGGAGCUUAUAACAAUGAUUGACAGGGAGCUAAGAUGGAGGCGGCUCUCUCUAUACUGACUGCCAGGUAUAAAGGGCGGAGCUUAUAACAAUGAUUGACAGGGAGCCAAGAUGGAGGCACCCAGUUUCAGGAAAAAGAGGUGUGGAAUUCUACAUUUAAUGUUAUCCUCACAGAUAUGUAGUUGUUAAAUAUAGGGAUAAGCAAAUAAAAUAUUAAAAUUACUGGGAAGUGAAAUUUCAUCUUUAAAGAAAUAUUUAUAAAAGAUUAAGAAAAAAAUGAAUAGAAUUUCCUUCUAAGCAAUGAAUUUAAGAUUAGCUAUAAUUAUAAUGUGAAGAACUGACAUUUUAUGAGCAUGUAAGUGGCCAUCUUGGAAUCUUACAUAUGUGUUCAAAAAUGCAAUAAUGGUCAGUAAUUCAAAUAAUAAAAAAAUAAUGUUACUGUUAAAGGACCACUAUAGGCACCCAGACCACUUCAGCUUAAUGAAGUGGUCUGGGUGCCAGGUCCCUCUAGGAUUAACCCUUUCUUCUAUAAACAUAGCAGUUUCAUAGAAACUAUGUUUAUAAAUGGGUUAAUCCAGCCUCUAGUGGCGGUCUCAUUGACAGCCGCUAGAGGGCUUCCGCGCUUCUCACUGUGAUUUUCACAGUGAGAAGACGCUAGCAUCCAUAGGAAAGCAUUGAGAAUGCUUUCCUAUGAGACUGGCUGAAUGCACGCGCAGCUCUUGCCGCGCAUGCGCAUUCAGCCGAGGAGGAGGAGAGGAGGAGGAGAGUCCCCCUCCCGGCGCUGGAGAAAGAGGUAAGUUUAACCCCUUCCUCUCCAUCCAGCCCUACGGGAGGGGGACUCUCCUCCUCCUCUCCGCCUCCUCUCCUCCUCCUCGGCUGAAUGCGCAUUCAGCCAGUCUCAUAGGAAAGCAUUCUCAAUGCUUUCCUAUGGACGCAAGCGUCUUCUCACUGUGAAAAUCACAGUGAGAAGCGCGGAAGCCCUCUAGCGGCUGUCAAUGAGACCGCCACUAGAGGCUGGAUUAACCCAUUUAUAAACAUAGUUUCCCUCAGGGCGCUAUAGUGCCAGGAAAAAGAGUUAAUAAAACGUUGGUUUAUUAACUGUGUAUCCCUGUGCCCAACAAGGUCCACCUGGGUGUCACCCUUGUUGGGAAACUUGCAUAAAAGGCCAGUGUGCCUCCAUUAAAAUUCAGUUCCUGGUUUACCCUCAACAUAGAGUCUCAUCUCAUGUGUGGGGCAAAAGACUAUAUCACUAUACUCCCCUGGGAUUAUAAUCAUUAGCUCUUUUAAGAGCUGUUCCUGCUACGCUCUCUGGAGUAGGAGAGGUUCUCCCACUGGAAGCUGGAUCCUGGUCUUGGGUCCAGGAUGGGUGGAGGAUGGCGAGUUCCCAGCCAAGCUGUAACGCUGGACGUGGGGACUGCGGUGUUGAUGUCGGGUGAGUGCUUGGAGUCCUCAGUGAGCACUAGGAGCAUCGACUGAUGGAGGUACCCGGUCGGGGUGCCAGGUAGUCCAUCACAGUGUACUAAUGACAGUGACAUGUUUAAUGGUCAGUCUUUCCCAGGGUCACAGUGUACUAAUGACAGUGACAUUUGUAAUGGUCAGUCCCUCCCAGGAUCACAGUGUACUAAUGACAGUGACAUGUUUAAAUAGGGAAAUUUAAGUUAAACUCUUAUAGAACCAAAUGAGUUAAUUAAAUUAAAUAUUUAAAUGGAAAAUAGUAUAUAAGCCAUAUGUUAUCUAUAAUUUUCUCUUAGCUUCUCUGACUUCGUCUCAUCAUCGAACAUGGAUUUUGGAGUGGGGGUAACACUGUUUCUGGUUUUCUGUACCACCUGCCUUAUUUAUCUAGUUACCUGGAUAAGAAACAGUAAGAAAAAGGGGAUGCCCCCUGGACCGACCUCUCUUCCUCUCAUUGGGAACCUCCUACAGCUAAAUUUAGAAGAACUACCUGAGCAGUUCACACAGGUGAUUAUAGCCAUAAAUUGCUCAUUAUUGCUUUAUUAUACAUGGGGCUAGAAUAUCUCUCAGAUUCUUUGCACCAUCACACUAUCUGCUUGUUGGUGAAUUCAUAGUAUGGAAAUGUUUAACAAGCAGCAAAUCACUAACGUUAAUCACUAAAGUUCAAAUUCAAAAUUUAAUUUCAAAUUCAAAGUUAACACAGCUGACCUGUAACAAUUCAUUAACUCAGCUGUGCUUGCAGCUAGUUGGUCCUUAAAUUUGAGAUUCACUUUGAUUGAGGGUUCAAAGCAGAUCUGGGUUUUGAAUGUAGAAUAAAGACUUUUUUUUCCAGAAGUGAAGACUAUGUCCACAAUCUAUAUGCAGAUCUUAGGUUUGAUUAGAAUAAAAUAACGUAAAAUGUGGACACAUUUCAAGUACUUAAAGUAUUCAAGAACCAAUUUUAUCAAUAGAUUUGAUAAAUUACUAUGUUUCUUUCAAACAAGUGUUUUUUCUCUUAAUCUUAAAAAUUAGUUUUAAGCUACGUUAAAAGACAAAAAUGAGUCCAAGAACUUUCUCUGUGUCUCUCCAUGUUUUGUAAUAAAAAUUGGAAUUCAAUAUAACACAUAUUUAUUGGGCUAUUACUGUAAAAGUAAAUGUAUUACUGGGAGCUGACUGAUAACAUCCCCAAACUGUUGUUUUUAGUUUUGUACUAUCUAUCUAUCUAUCUAUCUAUCUAUCUAUCUAUCUAUCUAUCUAUAUAUAUAUAUGUUUAAAAUCCACUAAGGAUUAUUUGAUCCCUAUAACCCAUAUAACUUACACAUUGGAAACAUUGAAGCACAAACUUUAAUAAAACAUAAAAAAAAUAUAAAAAAAAUAUGAAUUUGAGACAUCUUCAAGAAAACAAGACAUUUGUAACUAUGAUUUAGGGUACAUUUAUCAUGUUUUCAUACUAAAUAAGAUGAACAUAACAACAUUGUAGCAGGACCCUCUCUCCCUCCCUUCCCAAAAAGAUGGAAUCUUGAAGGGUUUUCUAAAUAUACAUUUGGAAUUUCCAUAUCUGUGGGCAGAAACACCUCCCAGCCUGUGAUAUUUUCUUCCUAUUCUGUUAUCUCCACAAAGCUAGAAUGUGCUAGCCUUCUCCACUUCUCAAUGAGCUGUGCUACUGAGCUUAUUGAGAAGCAUUGGAAAACCUAGAAUGAUGUGGCUCCUUCACUGAGACUUCUCAAUGAGCUGUGCUUCUGAGCUUAGUGAGAAGCACUGGAAAACCUAGAAUGAUGUGGCUCCUUCACUGAGACUUCUCAAUGAACUGUGCUACUGAGCUUAUUGAGAAGCAUUGGAAAACCAAGAUCGAUGUGGCUCCUUCACUGAGACUUCUCAAUGAGCUGUGCUACUGAGCUUAUUCAGAAGCAUUGGAAAACCAAGAUCGAUGUGGCUCCUUCACUGAGACUUCUCAAUGAGCUGUGCUACUGAGCUUAUUGAGAAGCAUUGGAAAACCAAGAUCAAUGUGGCUCCUUCACUGAGACUUCUCAAUGAGCUGUGCUACUGAGCUUAUUGAGAAGCAUUGGAAAACCAAGAUCGAUGUGGCUCCUUCACUGAGACUUCUCAAUGAGCUGUGCUACUGAGCUUAUUGAGAAGCAUUGGAAAACCAAGAUCGAUGUGGCUGCUUCACUGAGACUUCACAAUGAGCUGUGCUUCUGAGCUUAGUGAGAAGCACUGGAAAACCUAGAAUGAUGUGGCUCCUUCACUGAGACUUCUCAAUGAGCUGUGUUACUGAGCUUAUUGAGAAACAUUGGAAAACCAAUAUCGAUGUGGCUCCUUCACUGAGACUUCACAAUGAGCUGUGCUUCUGAGCUUAGUGAGAAGCACUGGAAAACCUAGACUGACGUGGCUCCUUCACUGAGACUUCUCAAUGAGCUGUGCUACUGAGCUUAUUGAGAAGCAUUGGAAAACCAAGAUCGAUGUGGCUCCUUCACUGAGACUUCUCGAUGAGCUGUGCUACUGAACUUAUUUAGAAGCAGUGGAAAACCAAGAUCGAUGUGGCUCCUUCACCGAGACUUCUCAAUGAGCUGUGCUACUGAGCUUAUUGAGAAGCAUUGGAAAACCAAGAUUGAUGUGGCUCCUUCAGCGAGACUUCUCAAUAGUAUUUUACUCGGCACUGACUGUAUGUAGAGUGAUAGGGGAAGGCUUGCAAACACUACAGACAUCUUUGGAAGAUUUAUUUUCAUAUACUCCACAGAAAAAAUGCAGGAAAAAAAAUACAGGAGUAUUUUAUUUAGGAUAUUUCUACUAAAUAGUUAAAAAUUCAAUUGAUUGUUCCUUUGAAUAUGAAAUAAGAUAUAAACAGCAUGUUACGUGUCGUUUUCACAUAGUUUAUUUGAUGCCGUCUUAUUUUAAAAUUAUGUUUAUGGUUUGAUAGCUCGCCAAGACAUACGGAACUGUGUUCACUGUACAUUUGGGGACCACACCAGCUGUUGUCCUGUUUGGAUAUGAUACCAUCAAAGAGGCACUUAUAGACAAUGCAGAUGUGUUCAGUUACCGUGCAAAAUUUCCUGCUCUGGAACUUGUGUUCAAAAACAACGGUAAAAUUUUUUUUUCAAAAAAUCUAAAUUUGUUAACUCUCUUCUUCCAGGCAGCAAUCCGCACCUCUGCCUGUAAUGUGACCAGAUACUACCUGUGCAAAGACACUUGUGACUCUCAGGCCUAGCUCUUUUUUAACUCUGUUACUGGGAUCCCUGAAACACACAGGACAUACCGUUCCAAAAGGAACUAACACACUCAGCUUUAUUUUUAACUCAGGACUAGCCCAUAUGUACAUACCAUUAAACUUGCUGUGACAAUCUCAAUAUAAUGCAAAUAACAAAAUCAUAUCAGAAAACACACAGGAACAUAUAAUAACAUAAUAACAAGUUUUUUUUAUCAAAGAGUGGUGAAGACAUUUCACACAUUUCACACAAUUAACACAAAAUAUCUAUUCUGCCUGCAAAAUCCAUAAUAUGCAAAUAGCUAUUUCAGAAUUCCUACAACCAGAUGGUGCUGUACAGACUUCACAGCCAAAUACACCUAGUUGAUUGAGAGAAGCAGCAGGACAGGAGAGCACAUACAACAUUUAACACCAAACAAUCACUUUACACAAACACUGCAGCCAGAAUGGGCACAGAGUGAUGUAAACAUAGGAGUCAUCCAGGGACCUAAUUUAGGUUUCCAUCUAAUGCUCCCAGUGAUGGUGACUAAUGUUACAGAUAACUGAGCUAUAAAUUCAUGAUUCAUGCAAGACAUUAGCUGAAGGUAUUCAUUGCAGCUAUGUUUAUUCAUGUGACAUAAAACUGUAUUUAUUUAUGUAGGCAAGAGCUGUGUUUAGAUAUAUAUUAAUUGUCAGACUUUUUAUUAGUAGCAUUUGUCUGCGUAUAUUACUUGUUAUAACUGUAUCAUUUAAUGUAUCUGCACAGGAGUCUUACUCAGUAAUGGGGAAAAAUGGAAACAACUGCGACGUUUCUGUAUUAGUACUCUGAGGAAUUUUGGCAUGGGAAAGAAAAGCAUAGAGGAGAGGAUUCAGGAGGAAGCUCACUUUCUAGGAGAGGAAUUCAAGAAGCAAAAUGGUAAUGUCCAAGGGCCGGUGCAAGGAUUCUUGGCUACACUGGCAAAGAUGUAUUUUACCUCCUCCCUCCCCCCCCCCAAAAAAAAUAUGCAUCUUCACCCGUGUGUCCCUUAAUCCCCCUCUUGAAUUCUGUAUCCUCUUUUUUGUAUGUCUGUCUCCCCUCUAUGUCAUUUCUCCCAGCAACUUGUCUCUUUCUCCCCCCCUAGCCCAUCUGGGUGUCUACCCCAGCUCAUGUCUGUCUCUUUUACACCUUCCUCAGCCACUGUGUGUCUCAUUUACCCUUUUCCCAGCCCCCCUGUGUCUAUUUCUCCCCCCAGCUCUUUUUGUGUGUCUUUCUCCCCCUUCUCAGUCCCUCUGUCUAUCUCUUUCCCCCAUACAACAUAAGAGUAUUAUAUAUUAUACAUUUACCAUAUUUAUACAUUAAUUUAAUUUUAUACAAAAAUAUACAUUUAUGUUUCACUGCUCCUUAUGUUUUUCCCUUUAUUAGUUACUUUUGCUCCCUUGAUAUGUGAGCUAAAUUGCAGGAAAAAUAUUCCUAUCAGCGUACUGCAAAAAUAUAUAUUGAGAAACACGUCAGACAAAUCAAAAGAAUGCCAAAAUGGUCCAAUCCAUGUACUGCAUUAUAUUUAAUGCAGUUAUUCUUUUAGUUAUUUUUUUAGUUUAUCUGAUUUGUUUCUGAAUUCGGGAGGCCCACGUUUUUUUUUGUUUUUUGGGAAAAAAAUGGUUUAGCCCAACCAAAUUUUCUUGCUGUGCAGUUUAAUCUUGAGACCAACAAUAUAGCGGCUUAUUUCUCUAUAAUGAGAAAACUUGUUAAAUUCUCCCCUACAGAUACUAAUAUUACUGCACAUUCCUAGGUUCACCGUUUGACCCUUCGAAUCUCCUUAGUUUGGCAGUUGGCAACAUAAUCUGCUCGGUUGUGUUUGGGCAACGUUUUGAAUACGAAGAUCAGAAGUUUUUGAAACUCCUCAAAAUGAUGACAGAAAUCUUAGAAAUUCUGAACUCGCAAAUGGGGCAGGUAAAUUAUGAGAACGAAGAAUUGAAAAUGAUCAUGAAGAUUAAAGGACCACUAUAGUACCAGGAAAACAAACUAAUUUUCCUAGGACUAUAGGGUAUUUAGGUCCCCCCCACCCACAUGGCUGCCCCCAUCCCGGCAGGCUAAUGGGGGCUGAAGGGGUUAAACACUUACAUUUCACUAGCGCCGGGCUCCCUUGGCGCUGGGGAACUCUCCUCCCUUUCCCGAUGUCAGCUUUGAAUGCGCAUGCGCGGCAAUAGCCGCGCGUGCCUUCAAACAGUCCAUGGGAAAGCAUUUCUCAAUGCUUUCCUAUGGACGUCAGCAUCUUCUUACUGUGAUUUUCACAGUGAGAAGCACGAAAGCACCUUUAGCAGCUGUCAAUGAGACAGCCACUAGAGGCUAGAUUAACCCUAUUGUAAACAUAGCAGUUUCUUUGAAACUGCUAUGUUUACAGUUGCAGGGUUAACACUAGAUGGACCUGGCACCCAGACCACUUCAUUGAGCUGAAGUGGUCUGGGCGCCUUUAAUGGAUCAUAAACGGAAAUUAUGUGAAUAAUAUGACAAAUAUAGUUUUAGGUAAAAAUAUGUCCUCAUGUCAGCAGUCUCAGUCAGGGUUCUAGGUUUGGGCACAUAUCACAUCUUCAUGCUGAUGGCUAGUUAAUUAAAUUGCUUGUUUGACGUUUAUAGCAUUCAUAUACAGCAGGAGGCAAAAAAUUUAAAGAAUUGGAAAAUCAAAUGACCUGUUACAUUACAAUGUAUAACUUUCGUAUACUGUCCAUCAAUAUGGACACAAGGUCACGUUUAGACUGGAAGAAAGGCGAUUUAGUCUAAGGCAAAGGAAAUAUUUUUACAGUAAGAAGAAUAAGUAUGUGGACAUCUCUGACUGAAGAAGUGGUUUUAUCAGAGUCCAUACAAAUGUUUAAACAGCAACUGGAUGUAUACUUGCGAAAACAUAAUAUUUAAGGAUAUAAUUUAAACAUUGUGGGGUAAUAGCUUCUUGAUCCAAGAUUAAACCUGACUGCCAUUCUGGUGACAGAAAAAAAUAUUUUCCUAGUUUACGCCUUUUGGAUCAAAAGCAAAAAACAGAUGUGAAAAAGGCUUUUGUGACAUUUAAAUUGAAUGAUUUCAGCCGAUUCAAUGCUUUCCUAUAGGUAAGCAUUGGGAGGCUAUUGGGUAUGGGUCGCAAAAUGCUGCACUGCACCAAUCAGAUGGUCAAUUUGAGAUCUCUUUGAGAGAUGUCCUUUUAUCUUGAAGUUUAAUUAUCAGUCACUUGUAGCCUAUUUGUGUUCCAAUUUCAUGUUGAUUGUAAUGCAUUUACUCUUGUCCUCACAGCUACUCAACACCUUUCCCAAAUUGUUCUAUCGGAUCCCCGGGUCCCACCAGCAAAUGUUUAGAAUGUUUUCCAAGCUUCAUGAUUUCAUAAUGGAGAAAGUGAAGGAACAUCAGGAAACCCUGGAUGAAAACAACCUCAGGGAUUUUAUUGAUUGCUACUUGAUAAAGAUGGAGCAGGUAUGUCCCAGAGAAUGUUGACUGCUAAAGACAAACAUAUGUUUUACGACAAUGAAAAUAAUUAGAAAAAUGGAAAACAUUGAUCGAUACUUGCUUCAAGAUUUAUUGCAUAGUUGUAAAAAAUUCCAAAAGUCCAGCUUCUGCCCCCACCAUCACUUGUAAGAGAAUGCUACCAACUUUGGGAUACUUUGCAACUAGUUCACUUCUUUUUAGCAGCCAGCUGCCACUAAUUACAGUGGCUGUCACUACAGUUAUUUAUUUAUAAAAUAUUUUACCAGGAAAGAUACAUUGAGAUUUCUCAUUUUCAAGUAUGCCCUGGGUCCACAAAACAUCACAUUGUUACAAUAGGGUACAAUAAAAUACACAAACAAUAUUAAUACACAAUAAAUACAAAAUUUAACAUAGAACAGGUAGGAAAUAUAUAAUCAACCAUGACACGUGCAUUCUGUUUUGAGGAAUGUAGAGAGGGAUCUCUUAAAGGACUUUAGGCUUGGGGAAGAUUUUAAAGUGUGCGGGAGGUUGUUCCACAAUUGCUGUACUCUGUAAGAAAAGGAGGAUCGGGCUGAUUCUUUUUGUAUUGAGGUAGUCUAAAUAAAGUGCUGGUACUGGAUCGGAGCUUAUAGGAAGUGGGAGCAGCCGAGGAAAGCAUUGUGUUCAGGUAGGGUGGGAGUUUCCCAGAAAAGCUCUUAAACACAAGGCUGGAAAGAUGAAGGGUGCGUCUCGAUUCCAGCAACAACCAGUUUAGUUCUUUCAGCAUUUCACAAUGGUGGGUCCUGUAAUUACAUUGUAGCACAAAUCGGCAGAACGAGUUAUACAAUGUAUUCAGUUUAUUAAUGUGGGAUUGAGAUGCAGAUGCAUAUACUACAUCCCCAUAAUCAAUGAUUGGCAUAAGCAUUAGGGGGUUAAUCACUGCCACUGAUGAAAAUCAGUCAUAAGUAACUUAACACCAGUCUCUAGUCUGUUAUAAAUAAGUUAAUGAUAGUGAAACCCCUAUGCAUUCUAUUGAAACAAAAAAUCUGGUUACAACUUUGUCUUUAAAGGGACACUCCAGUCCACUUUACAAAAAGUGCAGAUUUCCAUAUAAAUUGGCAUUUUUACAAAUUAACCUUGUUACACUCCCUAGCUGUCAAUCACACAUCCGGUUCUAUUACUUCCUGGUUUGGUUAGCUCAGUGGAGUUAAACUCAAGAGGCAGCAAUUGCCCAGAGCACCUGCCUUACAAAGUCUUCUCAUUGAGCUGCAUUGGGAAGCCUGUGAUUGGACAGCCACAGAAAGUGUGAGCUGGAGGAGAAAGUGAGGGCUUUGAAAGGCUGCAGACAAGAGACCUGCACUUUUGCAAGCUGAUUUUAGAUAUAACUUCAAUGAAAAGAAUGUACAUUGAAAUGCACGCAUAUUUGUAUUAAGGGUAUAUCUACUAAACAAUGAUUUAAUUAUUUAUUUUUUUGGCCAGUGGAGUUCAAUUUGUAGCCCCUGCAAUCUACUGGUUGUUGUUUAUAGCUGCAAGUUAUGGCAGCUAUUUAUUAACAAGUGUCUCAAUUUAAUAAAUUAUUUAUCUGCAAAAGUCACCAUUAAAGUCUUUUCGAAUUUUUGUCGAUAAAAUCGCUUGAGAAUUCAUCUAAGAUUAUUUUAAGACGCUUGGAAUCCUUAUUAAAUCGAGGACAAAGUUGGAAAGUAGCACUUUGACAGUUGCAUAUAGAGCCACCAAACACUAGCUGGAGAUUUGGACUGGAUUGUGCCACAUUUGAGUUGAGUUCUUGUGAAAAUGUGUGAUGCAAUACAUGCUGUGUUUGGUAAGCAAAGAAAAGAGAUUUAACCUAUUUCAUAAUCUUAUUUACAGGAAAAGGACAAUCCUAACACUGAAUUCAACCAUGAAAAUUUGUUUGCCACCAUUUCAAAUUUGUUCUUUGGUGGAACAGAAACCACAACAAUGACUCUCAGACAUGGUUUGCGUAUAUUUCUGAAGUACCCAGACAUUUCAAGUAAGUCGUCACUUCUAGAAUGCUCACCCAGUAUAGAUAAAGCCACAUUUACAGAUUUAGUUUGUCCUCUAAAUAAAUUCACACUUAUCUUUCGCUUCAAUGAAUUACUAAUAUUCACCCAACCAACAAACGCAUUUCUCUGCCUUGACUUAAUUUAGCUUCUCUGCGUAAAGUAGAAAAAUUGUAAAUGUAUUUUUCUGGGCAUCCCUGGAAUCUGUAUGGCUCUGUUACAUUAUAACACCCAUUAUAAAAGCUGAGGGAAAGAGGGAUAGCUUUGGGCACACGGAGGGACGUAGGGCCACAAAUAGUCAUGUUUCCAUUCUGAUGACAUCUUUUCAGUCUGAAAUUCCAAAAGCAAGAUUCUUAUAAACAGCCACAGAAUGGAUACUAAACCUUUUAUAUUUCCCUACCCACUGCAUGUGACAAAUAUGGCAUUCAAGUUUUUACAACAAUAUUUACACAACAGUCUGAAUUACUACAAGAAAAGCAAUGCUGCUUAAUGACUUGAAUUUUAUAUCCCAAAUAAUAACAAUACAAAUAAUAAAAAUAUUUCCUAAUAAAAUUCUAAUUUGCAUAAUUUCCCUAUAUUUCACUAUAUGUAUAUGCCAUCUAUGCAAUCCAUCUUUAACUCCUUAAGGACCAAACUUCUGGAAUAAAAGGGAAUCAUGACAUGUCACACAUGUCAUGUGUCCUUAAGGGGUUAAACUAAAUGUAAUGUUUGUUUUAGUAAAGUAGAAAAUAAAAUAUCUUUAUUGAUUUCCCAAUAAACAUUUGAGUUCGCCUCCUAGAUUAAUCAUCUUGAUCUUUCAUGUAAUUACAUAGAAAGUCACUUUAUCCACCUCUCUUUGUCAAGUAGUAUUUCAUAUUUUGCAGGGAAAAUCCAGGAAGAGAUUGACCUGGUGGUCGGCUUGAGCCGAAGUCCUUCUGUUGAAGACCGUAUCAAGAUGCCCUACACAGAUGCUGUAUUCCAUGAGAUACAGAGAUUUGCUGAUAUAGCUCCCCUAAACCUUCCACACACUGUCAACCGAACUACCACAUUCCGAGGUCACAGUAUCCCACAGGUUGGUGAUAUGAUAUGGCAUAUUAUGAUAAUCUGUCUGGUAUAAGAGGGUUGACUGUUAUAUUGUCUAAAAUGGGUAUUCUAUAAAAAUGACCUUCUUUAUUUUAGCAGUAUUUGAGUAGAGAACUUAAAGGGACAGUUUAAAUCUAAAUUAAGUUGUUUUGGUGCCCGGAGACCCCUGGAUGCACUCUUACCUUACGGGGUUAAGCUGUUGAAUGGUUUCACCCCAAAGUUAGCCUCUAUCACCAAUCAUCUGGCUUCUAAAUCUCAGUUUCCGGAAGAAUGGAGCGCCGCUGGGUAAGGGAGCUGCUGAUUGGCUGAGAGGGGUCAGCGGAUUCUUUCAGCCAAUCAGUGGCUCUCCGUUCAUACAUUGACACUCAUUCAUGUGACUGGUUCAGCCGAAUAGCGUCCAUAAAAAAAUAUUCUUGGAAACAUUCAAACUGAAAAGGGUAUAAAAAUGGGCCUAUUAGUGUACAUCUAAAUAUAUGCAGAAUGUAAAUAUAUAAUAUAUAUAAAUAUAGAAUUUUUUUUUAUGCUUUUCUUCCUUUUUUCCCUUUAUUGGUCACAUUCUCACUCGAUUCGUAAAUAAAAUCAAUAUUCUCUGGCUGUCCUCUAGCCAUCAAUCAUCUUCCCCCCCCCCAUAAUUUAUCUCUUUUUGUGCUGUGAGAUAACAGAUUGUUAUCCAGGGACAGACUCACAGAAUAUAAACUGUCAAUCAGUUGGUUAAAUAAAGAGGAUUUGGUUUAACUCCGUCUCUUCCUGAAUAUAGUUUAAUACAGAGUUAUCUUGAAAAAAACAACACAAACACUAACCAUGUCAUGUUUUCUCGAUCUGAUUUUAGGGUACCAUGGUUUUUCCUAUGCUUUCCUCUGCUUUAAAAGAUCCCAAAUAUUUUAGGAACCCAGAAAAGUUUGACCCAGGUCAUUUCCUUGAUGAUAACGGUUGUUUCAAAAAGAGUGAAGCCUUCAUCCCAUUCUCUGCAGGUAACAUUAAAAGGGAAUCUUUAAGCACCAUAACCACGUCAAUGUAAUAACAUGGAAUACUGGUUUUAUUUAUAUUACUGACAUUCCAUGGCCAGAUCUUUAUUGUGAUACCUGCAGUUACUAUGCAGCUGAAGUGGAAGCUUGUGAACAGUGGCUGUCCUGUGUUGAGUAAUGUCUCAUUGUAUUAAUGUUAUUCUAUAUAUUUUUCAAUUCAUUAUUUCUUUCUUACUUCCUUUACUCAGGCAAGAGGAUCUGCCCUGGUGAAGGUCUGGCAAAGAUGGAGAUCUUUCUGAUCAUAUCUUCCAUAUUGCAGAAAUUCAACCUAAAAUGUAAUAUGGACCCUUCAAAUAUUGACAUCAGUCCUCAACCGGGUAGUAAUGGCGCGAUCUGCCGCCCAUAUCAGCUGACCUUCAUGUCUCGCUAACAGAGCCUCCAACAAUGACCUCAUAAUUCUUAUCCAUCAUUUUCUAAUUUUACAAAUAAAUGUUCUUUAUUCAAUGGUCCUUAGACAAAAUGCUUAAUCAUAUGUGAUAUUAAUCUAUCCAGCCGAUAAAUAUAUGUAUAUCCAUUUUGAAUAAUGUAGUUUGGUGCUGGAUAACCAUAUAUAUAUCAUUAUUCCAUGGUGUGUGUAAAUAUAAAAAAAAUUGGGGCAUUCCCAAUUCUUGGAUCCCCUACCAGAGGUCUGUGAGUCUAAGGGAUCUUAAACCAACAUUCCAUGUGCCAUAACAUCAUAGCUGUUUCUAGAACUCCAAUCUUCUGGACAGCAAUCUCAGAUAUCCCACUUGGACUUGCUGAAGCCACUCUCCCAAAUUGUGGGUUACUAUCCUAAAUCUUCCUAUCACAACUGGGACUAUUACAGCCUUCACUUUCCACAUCCAUUCUAGCUCGGCUUUCAGCCUCUGGUAUGUGUCCACUUUUUCAUGUUUCAUCAUCUUGGAGUUACGGUAACUAGGUACUCUCAGAUCCAUCACCACUAAAGUCGUCUGUUUUUUUGUCUACCACCAUGAUUUCGGGUUGGUUGGCCAGUAUGUGUUUGUCUGUUUGGAUCCGAAAGUCCUACAGGGUCUUAAAUUCUUUUUUUAAGUGCCCUUUGUGGUUCCUCCCAUCUGAACCUAGGCAAGUCCAGCCCAUAUUCUGUGCAGAUAUAUUGGUACACAAUCCUAACAACUUGAUGUGCCUAUAUAUAUAUAUAUAUAUAUACAUACACAUAUGAAACUAAGAGGGCUGCACUCCCUUAACAUACAGACAUUAUAAGGUGCUGCUGCUAGAAUAAGACCUUUCUAAAAUAGGGUACAUUGGCGUUGUAGCAGGUUUAUGCAAUAUUAUUAUAUAUUGUAACUAAAUCUUCAUUACUUUGCCUAAGUCAGUUAUUUUUUAAAACUAUAACAUUUUGUGUGAAGUUUUGUUUUGUUAAUGAUCUACCAUGGGAAAUAUACCCCCGUCACAAAUUACAUCAAUUAGCGUAACAGACGGUGUGGAAGGACACAGGUAGAAUAAUUUGGAGAACAUGCUGAGACGUGGCAAUGAAUCAGCAUGGAAACAUCUAACUAUAAAACUGCCCAGGUAGCAAGGAUAUCAUUAUAAAGCAUGGCUUACUUAUCAGCUGAUAUUAGAUAUGAAGUUACAUUGUAAUUCAAACAUUUAGUGCGGUUUCCAUCCAUGUAAACUAUUCUCCACCCAUGGGGGACGACGGGCUGUACAGAAUAAAGACAAGGACGCAUUGAUUACUGGCUCUCUUUUAAGUUGUAUGAGAAAAGAAGCCCACGGUUUCUUCUUUCUACUCUACCAAUCAUUAAAAUGUAAUUCAAUACAGCAAACAGUGAAACCACAGAGUUUAAAAUAUCUUCGGAGAAGUUUGAUCAUCAGUUAGUUGUGCUAUCUUUUGUGGCAAAGAAGAGAGCAGUCUUAACUAUAUUGUGGAACGCUGAGGACCUCCAGUGGUCAUGUAGGUAAACCUAUGCUUAUGAAAGUUAAUUGUAACACAAAUUAAAACUGUUUGCUAGAG